CACAGAUUGUGUUUGAAUUAAUCUAUAUAAUUCUACUUUGUUGACGUUUUCAAGAUUUCACAUUCAUGGAAUAUAUUUUAUUACUUUUGUAUGACAAGCCGUCAAUUAAAAAUGCUGCGUUAUCUCGUAUUUGCGGCUGUGCUGGCCUUAGGUCAGAUGGCUCACGUGCCGAUGACCAGUGGUCACGACUGGGGAAAUAACAUCAAGGGCCACUUUGUGUUCCCGGCAACGGAAUUGAUUGAUGGCUGGGAGCUUAUCAUCAGGUUCUCCUCACCUAUGGUCAGAAUUCAGGAGAUGGAUGACAAGAUUGGGAAAGUCGUGAAGAAAUCUGAUGACGGAUUACUGUGGAUUAUAAGCAACAGACCGGAAUACGGUAUCGCACUUCCGGGAACGCAACUUGACAUUGUGUUCCAGGGACAAUUCGCCGGCGAUACAGCGCCUACAGCCGUGGCCGAACUAAUCAACUUCGCGAAAGACGGACAAACAGUUCCGACAGUGGUUCCAUCCACAGGAACCAAGUACAACUACGAUGAGCUCUUAGAGAAGUCGAUUCUGUUUUACGAGGCCCAGCGGUCAGGUAAACUGCCUCCCACAAACCGGAUACCGUGGAGAGGGGACUCCGCCCUAAACGAUCACGGGCAAAGCGGGGAGGACCUCACAGGGGGCUGGUAUGACGCUGGAGAUCAUAUUAAAUUCGGUCUACCCAUGUCCUCAACGGUGACCUUGCUUGCGUGGAGUAUGCUGAGAUUUAAGGACGCCUAUGAGCACGCAGGACAGUUAGAAUACGCCUACGAUUGCAUUAGGUGGCCCCUUGAAUGGAUGUUGAAAUGCCACACAGCACCCGAGGAACUUUACGUCCAAGUUGGAGAUGGUGGCCCCGAUCAUGCAUAUUGGGGAAGACCAGAAGAUAUGACCUUCGCCCGACCAUCUUAUAAAGUAGACGCAACGAAACCCGGAAGUGACGUAGCUGGAGAGUACGCUGCUGCCAUGGCCGCAAGUUAUCUCGUAUUCAAAGACAAAGACCCCGAUUUCGCUGCGAAACUCCUUACUCAUGCCAAGCAGUUGAACGACUUUGCAAACAAGUAUCAUGGUCGGUAUAGUGACAGCGUGACAGCAGCCGCGGCGUUCUACAGGUCUGACGCUUACGAGGAUGAGUUGUCUUGGGCUGGUGCUUGGUUAUACAAAGUCACCAACGAAACAAAAUACCUCACGCAGGCGGAACAGUUCUACGUUGGUGGCGCCGCCUGGGGGCAGUCGUGGGACGAGAAAAUCGCCAGCGCCACGAUUCUUCUGUACGAACUAACUGGAAAGGAUGUUUACCUACAAGACAUAGAGACCACAUUUACAGAGUGGAUGCCGGGCGGAACAGUGCCGUAUACUCCAAAGGGACUGGCUUUCAGGCUCCAGUGGGGAGCUCUCAGAUAUGCAUCAAACAUGGCGUUUAUGGCUCUGAUUGCUGCCGAAGACGGUAUCCAUAGUGAUGCUUACCGCGCAUGGGCGAUGUCUCAGAUUCACUACGCACUCGGUGACACCGGAAGGAGUUUUGUUGUUGGCUUCGGGGUCAACCCGCCUACUCACCCACAUCACAGAGCUGCUUCCUGUCCCUCAAUGCCAGCUCCCUGUUCCCACGCGGAUCUGAAGAAUGUGGGACCAAGUCCUCAUACCCUGUAUGGCGCCCUCGUGGGGGGUCCUGGCGGUACUGAUGAUUACAAGGACAAUCGAGAGAAUUACGUCAACAACGAGGUGGCCUGUGACUACAACUCUGGCUUUCAGGGAGCUAGCUCUGCACUGGAGUCGUUGAGUCUGAGAGGAUUACUUCCGGCCAGUUCACCAUAAAGACAGCUUCCCUGUUCACUUUAUGUUUGUGAUUUUUUUGUUUGAUUCUAAUAGAUAAAAUAUAGAAAAGGUCA